CGCCAAUGGUGGAAAACAAAGAAGAUAUUUGAUUCAGGUUUCCUAUUAUGAAUAGAAAAUGUGAUACAUGAUGACACGUACUCUGACUGGUGGCCAUUGAUUCAGGAGAGAGCCCCAACCUUCGGCAAGAAUUCAGGGAACUGAAAUGGUUUUUCCAAAAAGUCCUCCCUCCCAUUACCUACUCAAAACACAUUCAAUCUUGUGGCACUUGAAGAAACCAAAAGGGAGAAAACAAAUCUUCCUUUUUCUCUUUCUUUUUUUUGGAUUUGGUUUUAGGAAGGGUUUGGCUCUGAAGGUCUCAAUUCUCUCGCCUCUUCCCCUUCCAUGGCUGCAUGCUUGUCAGCAUUCAGCCACCAACAGUUUCAAGGGUUUUUGACCUUUUACAUGGAAGAAUAGGAAGACUAAAAGAGAAAAGACAAGAUCUUUGAGACCCAAAAUAAUAACAAAUAAAAGAAAAGUAAAAUCAAGUUUUAAUUUGCCUUGGGCCCUGUCUCUCCAAGGGCCCUUUUUAUUUAAUUCUCUUGCCGGAAUCUGACGACGCCGACACUAAAGGUAGUAGAUGCCUCCUUUUCCAACCUUCAUUUCCAUCUGCAUCUCGCAAUGUAUCAUUCAUAAUCCUAAUUAAUUUCCAUCUUGCAUCGUGAUUACAUACGCUUUAAAAAGUUCAAUAAAAAAUGUCUUGAUGCUGACAAUAUGGGUCAUCGUCAUCUUUCUCUUGCUCAAGUUUUUAUCUUCAUGUAGAAUUAUAUGAUCAUUGUGGCACAUUUCGAAUACAAAUAUUAUACAAAACCACAUGCUUCUUCAAAUUGAACCCCUCGACUAUCAAGUUGCUCUUCUUAAUGUUGAGGGGAGAUUAGCAAUGUGCAAUUUUAAUUGUGCGAGCAAGGAAGAAAACACCUUUGUUGAAGCAACCAUUUCUUUUUUACUUCUCUUGUCUUGAUUUUGGGGUCCUGGGUUUGAUUUUGUGAAUUUUGACUUAUCCAGAAUUGGAUUUCUCUACUAUGAGACUCUUGCAGAUAUUAUCUCGCUUGUUUAAUGAGUUGUAGUUCGGUGUGGAGGUUUCAAUUUUUUCCUCAAGCGACAUCACCAAAGAAGCCUUUAAUGGUUGAAAGUUCGAGAAUUUUUUGAUCUGGGUUAAUCUCAAAGAAAUUAUAUUUUCUCAAGAUGUAUGCGGUGGGGCGAAUAGGGAGCUAUAUCACCAAGGGAGUCUCAACCGUCUCCGGCCCUUUCCAUCCAUUUGGUGGGGCUGUGGACAUAGUUGUGGUAGAGCAAGCUGAUGGCAGCUUCAAGUCUUCACCUUGGUACGUUAGAUUUGGCAAAUUCCAAGGUGUUCUCAAGGCAAAAGAAAAGAUAGUAAGCAUCAACGUCAAUGGAGUUGAUGUAGGUUUCAACAUGUACCUUGAUCAAAGAGGUGAAGCUUUCUUUAUUAGGGAUGAAGAUGAAGAUGAUGAUGAUGAUUCUUGUUCAAUGUAUAGUAACGGUCGUCACCCUGAUAGGCAACAUGGAUGGCGGCAAAGGCAUGCACAGAGUCUGGAUUUUGAUCAUAGUAGUUUGGAUUCACCAGACUUCGCCACAGAGAGCAAUGAGAAGUUCAUGCUGAGAGCUCGUUCAGGAGGACCAAGGAUUAUGGGGAUUGUUUUCGGUAGGAGGGCAAUGAAAGGAGGAGGAGAUGGUUUUCAGCAAGGUCAUGGCCAUACGAGGGUGAGUUCGCUAGAGCGUGCUGAGAUGGCUGCUGAUCUGUUGGAAGUCAGAUGGUCCACUAGUCUUUCCCCUCCUGACCCAGCCAAUGAUAGCAUUAAUGAAGGGAACAAGACAACAUCGUUGUCUGUUGUUAACAAUGGUGAAAGCAGUUUGGCUAAAGAAAAUAGCUCUCAGCAGCAUGUGUAUAAGGAAGCUUUUGUAGAUAAAGUAAGUGUAGAUAACAAUGGACAAGUUGUUGAAACUUUCGCUCAAAUCGUACUGGAAAUGCAUCAAAAUGUGGAUGAAUAUAGUGUUACAAACGUUGGUCUCAAAGGUGGUGAUGUUGAUGAUGUUAUGUCUGAAGCUGGAAAUCCCAAUUCAAUAGUUUCAGGGCCAGGAUCAUCAAAAUCUGUUUCAGAAUGCAACAAAGUCCAAUCCAUUACCUAUUGUGGGACAUCGGAGAGCUCGUUUGUGAGAUCGAAGAGUUCUAGUGAAGAAACAGUUGAGACAAUAUGCAUUGCUAGUGGAGGACGCGAUGAAGCAAAUUUGCUUGCUAAGGCUGUGGAUAUGGUGUCUGAACAACUACCUGAGGUGAUAGAGAUUCGUCAUGGGGAGAUGGUUAGCCAAGAAACUGAGGAAACUAAGUAUGAGUCAGGAAGUGAAAAGGCUUCAUGUGAUAUUCUUUCUGAGCAACAAAUUUCAUCUCAUGCUAAACUACGCAGUUGCAACGUGUUCCAACCUUCAAUGAAGUCCAUUAAUGAACCCAAACAACCAACCGGAUGUUGCAUGACCAAAUUGGUUAGUUUUCCGGCCUGUUCAGAAGGUGAACAGUUCCACUUCAGUGAUCUUGAUGAAUUAAAUUUUAGAGAAACUCAGUUUACAGGAAAUGGUUUAAAUAAGCAAUUUGAUGGAAUCAAUGAACCACCUUCAUCUGCCGACCAUUUUGAUCAAGAGAAUCAAGUAAUUGAGCUUGGGAAUCCAAUGGGUGUUUCGACAAAAGCCUCUACUCCCAUUGAUAUAUCUAAUGUUCAUUAUAUUGCUGAGCAAGAAGGCGGUGGUCGCCUAGUUGAAUCAUUACCUAGUGCAUGUUCAGAACUUGAGAAAUGUGAUGCCAAUGGCAUCCACCAUCCUUUAAGCCAUUCGUUGGAAUCAAAUUCCAUAUCUCGCCAGAAAGGUCCUGGGAAUGAUGAUUUAGGUUGUUUAAAUGUGGAUAAAAACAAGGAAGGGUUAGAGCAAGAGAAUCACCAUUCUAGAGAGGCAAAUCCUCUGGUUGGGGAUAAAUCACAAUCUCCGGCAAAUGCUCACGCAAGCUGGAAAUUUUGGCCAUUUUCUUCAAAGAAAUCAAAACUUAAGAAGACCACUAAGUUAGACAAUAAGACCGACAACGUGAAGCCAGAGAAUGGUUCAGAUAGUAAAACUGACAACAUAAUGUCCCAAAAUGCAUCAGACAGUAAGACUGAGAAUGGGAGGUCGGAGAGUUCUUUGGAUAGUAAUGUUGAAAGCAAGAUUUCUCAGAAGGCAUCAAAUGAUAAAGUCGAUGGUGUAAUGUCUCAAAAUGGGAGGCCUGGCAUUACUUCAGACACUGACAACAAGAGUGGAAGAGAAGGAAAUGAGGUCGCAACAAAUGUUAGAAAAAAGAAGAUAAGGGCACCCACUCCAACAUCUCAACAAUUGGCAUCCUUAAAUCUGAACGAGGGAGCAAAUGUGGUGACAUUCACUUUCUCAACGUCAAUGUUGGGGAAACAAACGGUUGAUGCCAGGAUUUUUAGAUGGAAAUUUGACGAUCGCAUAGUAAUCUCGGACGUUGACGGGACAAUUACUAAAUCAGAUGUGCUCGGUCAAUUCAUGCCGCUGGUUGGUUAUGAUUGGUCACAAACUGGGGUUACCCGACUAUUUUCAGCUAUUAAGGACAAUGGGUACAAACUACUAUUUCUCAGUGCAAGAUCGAUUUCUCAAGCAUAUCAUACUAGACAGUUUCUAUUCAACCUUACUCAGGAUGGGACUGCUUUACCAGAAGGUCCCGUUGUUAUAUCCCCAGAUGGACUCUUUCCUUCUUUGUAUCGUGAAGUCAUUAGGAGGGCACCUCACGAAUUCAAGAUUUCAUGUUUAGAGGACAUCAAGGCAUUAUUUCCUUCAGAUCACAGCCCGUUCUAUGCUGGAUUCGGAAAUAGAGACACCGAUGAGCUUAGCUACCUCAAAGUCGGGAUUCCAAGGGGGAAAAUAUUCAUCAUCAAUCCAAAGGGCGAGGUUUCUGUUCAUCGUCGGGUUGACACAAAAUCUUACACUUCCCUUCACGAUCUCGUCGAUGAAAUGUUCCCCCACCCGGUGACGGUUAGGGAGCAGGAGGAUUUCAACUCAUGGAAUUACUGGAGAUUGUCGCCUCUUGGCUCCCAUACUUGAACCAUGACGGAGAAUCGAAAAAAAGACAAAAAUUGUGAAAGAGCAUUAAAGUUCUUAACUUUCACUGCAAAGAGAGAGAGAAAAAAAAAUCAUUUUGUGCUUGUUUCAGGGUUCUUGUAGGUGAGGACUAUCCUCCUUCUUGCCUUUCUUUGUGAUUCCUACUUAACAAAUCACAUAACUCUUUGUGUUCAAUUUCAUCUAAUGGAUUCCUCAAAUUGGUUGAUUGACAUUAUCCUGACAGCACAAGGAUUGCAUAGCUGAUGUGGCGCUCCUCAUAGCUACACACGUGGGCGAUUGAUCGGUUUUGGCAGUGAAUUCAUCCAUUUCUAUGGAAAGGCAAAUGUAACAUAUGUAUAGUUACUUUCUGUCCAAGAAAGUGUAAUUUUGUACAAGGUAAAUUGUAUAUACAUCGAUAAAUACCAUGAGUGUCUUAGGCAUAUUGUUGGCAGAGAACCUCAUGGGAGUAGGGUUAUAACUUUCAGAAAAAUGGAAAAAAUAAAACAAUAUAAAUGUAGUGUUUCUCUUCAAAGGCCGCUCCAAUUUGAUCCUCAAAUUCUGCACGACCUCAAAGGUUUGGAAGCAGACUUGCACUAUUUUGCCAAAUGUUGUUUGGAACUAUGAAUUCUAAAUUUGGAAUGAUAAGAACAUAUGUAUCCGGCAAAGUAUGCCAUUUUUUCCCCAAAAUUUUGUAGCCAAAUGCAGGUAUUAAGAAUGAUGUAAUCAUCUUAUCUUUUUUUGGUGAGAUGACGAAUAUUAUUUUUUAAGUAACGCUUCCCCACUUUUACCAAAACUAAAAAUGGACAAAAGAGAGAUUUAUGGAGUAAAAGUAUAGCAUUAUUUUCAAUAAAACUAAUGUUAGAGU